AUGGGUCAACAUUGUUCAUGCUUACGAGACACAACAGCAGAAGAUGUUCAAUUUAAUGUAAAAUCAGAAAACAUUUUUUCCAAACCUCAACAAGAAUCUGCCCCUGACUUCUUGCUAAAACCUCAAAUAUCUCCACCUCCGUUAUCCAUAAAUAUUGAAAAUUUAAUAAAAAUUCAAUCAGUUAUUCGAGGUUAUAUAGAUCGUCGCUUAACAAAAGACUAUUUCCGAGCUUCCCCAACUGAAAAUCGCAUGAUGUCAGGCUAUUCUCCUCAACCCCGUACUUCAGUACAUGAAAUUCAAGGAGAAAUCCCAAACUACUCCAACGCUUCCACAAUAGCUGCAUCUCGAAAACUUGGCCCUUUUACAUACGACGUCGACGAUUCAGACGGAAUUCAAAAGAUUCAGCGAGGUCCAGUCCAAUUAGAAAAUGGAGCCGUUUAUAUAGGAGAAUGAAGCGAAAAUCUAGAAAGGCAUGGUAAAGGGACACAAGUAUGAUGUGACGGAAGCAAAUAUGAAGGGUAUUGGAAACAUGAUAGAGCCAAUGGAAAAGGAAGGCUAAUUCAUGGCGACGGAGAUAUAUAUGAAGGGGAAUGAAAAGAUGAUAAAGCUCAUGGAUAUGGAAUUUAUACACAUACAGAUGGAGCCAAAUAUACAGGACAAUGACAAGACGAUAAACAGCAUGGAUAUGGCGUCGAAACAUGGCCAGAUCAUGCUAAAUAUGAAGGGGAGUACCAGCAUGGAAAAAAGCAUGGAAAAGGAAAAUUUAACUGGGCUGAUGGAAGCACAUAUGAGGGUGAUUUUUUUGAUAACAAUAUACAUGGAAUGGGAGUUUAUUGUUGGAGUGAUGGAAGAAAGUAUGUAGGAGAAUGAAGGAAAAAUAAAAUGGACGGAAACGGAAAUUUCACAUGGGCUGAUGGAAGGUGCUAUAAAGGAGGCUAUAUCGAUGACAAGAAACAAGGGUAUGGCGUUUUUACUUGGCCAGAUGGUAGAAAAUAUGAAGGAUAUUGGUAUAAUGGAAAACAGCAUGGAAGUGGUGUUUAUUAUAAUCCAAAAGGUGAGAGAAAAGAAGGUGAGUGGAAAGAAGGUAAACGGGUUAAAUAA